GUCCUUAACCGCGGCCGCAGAUGUGCCGCGGGGGCCGCAUGUUCGCGCCCACCAAGACCUGGCGCCGCUGGCACCGCAGGGUGAACACCACGCAGAAGCGCUACGCCGUCUGCUCCGCCCUGGCGGCCUCCGCCCUGCCGGCCCUCGUCAUGUCCAAAGGCCACCGCAUCGAGGAGGUUCCGGAACUUCCCCUAGUGGUUGAAGAUAAGGUGGAGAGCUACAAGAAGACCAAGGAGGCCGUUUUGCUUCUGAAGAAACUGAAGGCCUAGAACGACAUCAAAAAGGUCUACGCCUCUCAGCGCAUGCGCGCGGGCAAAGGGAAGAUGAGGAACCGGCGCCGCGUCCAGCGCAGGGGGCCCUGCAUCAUCUACAACGAGGACAACGGCAUCAUCAAGGCCUUCAGGAACAUCCCCGGAAUCACUCUGCUUAAUGUGAGCAAACUCAACAUUCUGAAGCUCGCCCCCGGUGGGCACGUGGGGCGCUUCUGCAUUUGGACUGAAAGCGCUUUCCGCAAGCUAGACGAGCUGUACGGAACGUGGCGGAAGGCUGCCUCCCUCAAGAGUCACUACAAUCUGCCCAUGCACAAGAUGCUCAACACGGACCUCAGCCGGAUCCUGAAGAGCCCAGAGAUCAAGAGAGCCCUUCGAGCACCACGCAAGAAGAUUCACCGCAGAGUCCUGAAGAAGAAUCCUCUGAAGAACCUGAGAAUCAUGUUGAAACUGAACCCGUACGCCAAGACCAUGCGCAGGAACACCAUCCUGCGCCAGGCCAAGAACCACAAGGUUCGGGUGGCUAAAAUGGCCGCAGCUCUGGAAGCCCGAUCGGGCGGCAAGGCCGGCUCCGACAAGAAGCCUGCGCCGAAGAAGGCGGCGGCCAAAGCCGCGGGGGCGAAGGCAGCAGCCCAGAAGCCGGCGGUGGGGAAGCCGCCGAAGCCGCCGAAGCAGCCGGCCGCCGACAAGCAGCCGCCGGCCAAGUGAAGGCCCGCACUGCGGCGCGCGUGUGGACAGCUCGCUCCCUUGAAUAAAGGCCCC